AUGUGUGAAAGUUUAACAUUAAAGAUCAUGAACGGAUUCUUCCCACAUAAAGAGGUACACAAGUUUACAUGGCUCCAAAGAACAAGAAGGCUUAGCUCUAUAAUUGACUAUAUGAUCCUGCGACAAAAUUCAAUUUUAAAAACCAAUGACGUUAGGGUAUAUCGUGGCAUAGAGUGCGGUUCUGACCAUUAUCUGUUGAUGGCCAAAGUGGUAAUUAAUUACAGGAGCUCACAAAAGGAGAGAGAAGAGCACAAGGGCAACCAAGGAAAGGUAGAUUCGGUUAAUUACAACUUGAUAGUCUCAGGCAUGAAUCAGUACAAUUUCUUUUAUAAACUUAGACUGGCUUCAAAAUUACAAAAUAUACAAAUGGAACAAAUUAAUACCGAAGAGUUAUAUAAAACCAUUAAAGACUCUAUACAUCAAGCAGCCGAAGAAGCUUUAGGACAUCAAAAAUAUCGAUGUACACAAAAUCCGGAAUGGUGGUCUGAGGAAUUGGAAGAGCUUACAAAGAAUAAAAAGAAAGCUUAUCAGAAGUGGCUACUUACAGAAAACCCUGAGGAUCAGAUAGCAUACAAACGUUGUAAUAGAGAAGUUAAAAGAAUUGUACGCGAAAAGAAAAAUGAAAGUUGGGACAGGAAAUGCGAACACAUCGAAAGGUAUAUGGGCGGAUCAAAAGUAUCAGAGGCGUGGAAAGCAAUUAAAAAUAUUCGACGAGAAAAUAAGCAAUCUGCUCAUAUAGAUAUGAUAAAUAUGGAAAAAUGGCAAGAAUAUUAUAAGAUUUUACUCACAGAAGAUCGAGAACACUUCAUAGAACCAACAGAAGAAAUUAAAAUCACACAGGUGGACACAGACAACAUAAAUAUAAAUGAAAUAGAAAAAGCUCUUAGGAAUAUAAAAAGUGGCAAGGCCUCAGGACCAGGAAACAUUCCCAUUGAACUGGUAAAACACGGACCAAUCAUACUACUGGAAGUUUUGGCAGAACUUUUUAACAGAUGUCUCAUACGAGGAGAUGAUAUUCCUACAGACUGGAGCAUAUCAUAUAUUAGUUCCAUCCAUAAGAAAGGAGAUAUGAAGGUGUGUGAAAACUAUAGAGGUAUCAGUGUCACCAGUUGUAUGGUAGAAUUCUGA